CCGGCAGCGGGGCCAUGGCCGGGGCCGGGAUCGCAGCGCGGGAGCUGCUCCAGCCCUACAGCCCGCCGGGCAGCGCGGAGGCACCACAAAAGCAUCUGGCCCCUCUGGGAAAAGAGAGAGAAGCAGCCAAGGCUGAGGAGGAGCAGCAAAGCGAGGAGCUGCUGAAACAGACGGAAGCCAAGAGGCAGAAGAUUGUCUGGGAGUGGCAGGAGCUGCGAGGGUUUCUGGAGGAGCAGAAGCAGCGGCUGCUGGCCCGGCUGGAGGAGCUAGAGAGAGCCAUUGUCCAGAGAAGGGAUGAGGGUGUCUGCAGCCUGUCCUGGGAGAUUUCCCUGCUCAGCGAGAGGGGAGGAGAGAAGGGGCAGCAGCCACUGAGCCAACCCCUGCAGGGUGCUGGGAGCACUGGGGGCAGGGAGGACGGGGCGUUUCUGAAGCCAGAGCCGUCAUUUGCGAGCUGGAGAAGAGACUCAGCGAUUUCUGUCUGAAAAGUGCCAUGCUGCAGGAGGUCCUGCUGGGAUUCAAAGGUGAAUUGGAGUCUGGGGGUGGCGUCUCCUCUGAUUAGAGCGACCCUGGCCCUGGGGAGGAGUCGGGGACUCUAGUGAUGUCA